AUGUCGACGGCCUCAGCGGGCAGGAAGAGAAUUAUCGUGUGCUGUGAUGGCACGUGGAUGGACUCUGACGGCCAGUAUCAGAUCCCCUCCAACGUGACUCGCAUCGCUCGCGCCAUCAAGCCUGUCGGUGUGGAUCAAAAUGGCGACAGCAUCCCUCAAAUCAUCUUCUAUCAGAACGGAGUUGGGACGGGAUCGCGGUCCCUCUGGGUCAAGUACGUUGGUGGCGCGACAGGUGAGGGCCUGGGGACAAACAUCCGGGAAGCCUACUCUUUCAUCUGCCAGAACUACAAUGACGGGGACGAGAUCUUCAUCAUUGGCUUCUCCCGGGGCGCGUUCACAGCGCGCUCCAUUUCAUCUCUGAUCCGCGCGAUUGGGCUGUUGACGUCGACCGGCUUGGAGAACUUCGAUUCCAUAUUCGAGGAUUGGCAGAACCAACUUAAGCCGGACUGGAGGACCAAGUACCCGGACUAUCCGUGGCCCGGUCAUGUGCCACCAGUUGACGCACCAGAGUAUCAGCGCAAAAUGCUGGAGCUCGAGCUUACGAGGCCGGAUAUCCCGGUGAAAGCAGUCGCCGUUUGGGACACGGUUGGCGGUCUCGGAAUUCCCAUGAUCGGUCUGCUGCCACAGCCGCCGUCAACGGACUUUUCAUUCGUCAAUACCCGGGUCGAGCCCAAUAUCGAAUACGCCUUCCAGGCACUGGCACUGGACGAGCAUCGCAGGGCAUACUCGCCUACCAUCUGGGAGAAGCCAGCCGGACAAGCACUCCCGAAAAAGCUCAAGCAGACGUGGUUUCCAGGUGUCCAUUCCGACGUUGGAGGCUCGUACCCAGAUACCGACCUGGCAAACCUCACCCUCUGCUGGAUGGUCUCGCAGUUAGAUCCAUUCAUUGACUUCGAGGCGAACUACGUCUGGAAGCAAGUCCGCCUCAGCAUCGAGAGCCACGAGAAGACCGUGGCGCGCCUCCGCAAAGACAACCCCAACGCGCAAAUGCCAUCCCGACGGCCCUGGGGCCUAGGCAAGAUCCACAACAGCAUGUCCUUCUUCUUCCGGCUCGGGGGCUCCAAGAUCCGCACUCCAGGCGAAUACACCGAAUCCGAGCGCGCCGACCAGCACGGCACGCUCUGGUGGAUGACGGACAAAAUCGCCACGCGCCUGCUCAGCCACCCGAAACCCAAGCCCCGCCUCGUCAACACCAACGAAUCCUUCCACUCGAGCGUGCGCAUCCGCAUGGGCAAGCGCGGCAAGGGCUACGACGACAAGGGCUUCUACGACUCGGACGCCCUGCAGGGCUGGGUCAUGUCCGGCGACAUGGCGGAUCCGGACACGCCGCACCAGCGCAGCCUGCCGGGGCCCGCGGGCGCCAUGAAGAACGUCGUCUGGCACAAGCGCGUCACGCGCAGGAAUGACAAGGGCGAGGAGGAGGAUAUCGAGACCCUCAACAUGCCAGAGGAUCCCAUGGGCGACUUUGAGCGCACCAUCCUCCAGCUGUGGCCCGAGAUCAGCGAGAGUUUCGACUGUAUCACGCCCGGUGGCCAUGGGCAGGAUAUCAAGAAGCGCGCGCUGACUUAUCCGCCCGCCGGGAACGCCGCCACGCCGCCGCCGCCGCCGGUGCCCGGAGUGCCGAUGCUCAAGGCUGAUGGGGUGCCGCCCUCGAGGCGGCGGAGCCUGGAUCCCAGACAGAGGGACAGGAAAAGCGUUGCCAGCGACGAUGCUAGUGCUAGUAGCCUGGCGAAGGAGGACGAGGAGGAUGUAGGUGGCGGGCAGCCGGAGCGGGCGGAGACUUAUUGA